AUGCCACCCCAAAUGGAUUAUUUCUACCAAGAGGCGCGAGUUCCGCCGGUGUGUCUGGAGCAGGGGCACGAGCACGAGCACGCGCCGGAGUCGGACCCGGAGCCGGACCCGGAGCCGGUGAUCAGCUGCAUGCUGGUGGGAGAUGGAGCUGUGGGUAAAACCAGCAUGAUCAUCAGCUACACCAACAACGGAUACCCCACUGACUACAAACAGACCGCUUUCGAUGUGUUUUCAGGACAAGUCCAGGUUGAUGGAGCACCUGUCCGGAUCCAACUGAUGGACACAGCUGGACAGGAGGAGUUCGACGGCUUCCGCUCUCUGUCCUACGCCCACACGGACGUCUUCCUGCUGUGCUUCAGCGUCGUCAACCCGACGUCCUUCCAAAACAUCACGAAGAAAUGGAUCCCCGAGAUCCGCUCGUGCAACCCGACGUCUCCCAUCAUCCUGGUCGGGACUCAGUCCGACCUCCUGCUGGACGUCAACGUUCUGAUCGACCUGGACCGGUACAAGGUGAAGCCCGUGCUCGGGUCUCGGGCUCGGAGCCUGGCCGAGAAGAUCCGUGCUACGGAGUACGUGGAGUGCUCGGCUCUGACGCAGAAGAACUUGAAGGAGGCUUUUGACGCCGCCAUUUUCGCAGCCAUCAAACACAAGGCCAGGAAAGCCAAGAAGAUGAGACUGUCGGACAGGCGCGCGAAAGCUUUUUCCAAAUGCAGCUGGAAAAAAUUCUUCUGCUUCAUCUGAUCCUGUGGGUCAAACCCCGUGUGCUCUUGUGUAACUUAUUAUUUAUUACUUUGGACGGUUUUGUGUGUGUGUGUGUGUGUGUGUGUGUUGUGCUCUCAAUGCUUUGGAUUGCAGAACAUUUCACAUGCGGCGGAAAUCGUUCCCGCAUCGUUACGUCACGACGGGAGAGACGUGAGACCAGAGCGCGAGCAAACAAACCGAUUCUGUUAAGGUGCUGCGGACGAUUCGUUUCCUGUAACAGCACUUCCUGAAGUGACUCAUUCGUCUUGAAUUCAACCUCAGCGAUUUGCCGGACGAACGAAACGUGGCACUUUUUAUCCGUUUAAAGUUGCCGGAACGUCCGCUAAACAGGUUCUCGCUUAGCAAGAAACCAAACCAAACCAAAAAAAAAAAAAAAACCCCAAAAUGAAGUCUCCUGAAGAUGACGGUUACAAAGCACUGACACUGGAGACUCCUUCCGUGAAUAUUAAGUAGAGGUCUGCUUAAAGAAAACGCCACCUCGGAACACUGCGGAGCGAGCGCGUUAACGGGAAGCGAACCGCACCCUAAAGUGAACCCGACAAUAAAAAGCGCAUCCAGGAGGAAACACGGCUCUCUGGGUUACGAUGAAAAACGCCAACAGCGCAUACAGUGUGUAGAGGUUGAGGAUUUGCAUGAUGUGGGAGGGGGAAAGCCUGCAGCGUGGUGCGAGGAGCUGAAAGGGUUCGACGCGGUGGCGCUCUUUGUCCUCGGCGCGACGUCGUCAGACGGGACUUUUCAUAUGCGAGCUGCGGCGUGACCCGUGUUCCCGACGGCUCCUUCUGAACAAUUAAGAGGCGACUCCGCGAGGACGGGAUUGAGUCUGUUCAGCCGAGCAGCAGCUCCAGCCUGGCCAUUGUGUUGCAAAUCAAUCUCAGGCCAGUGGGCGAGAUCUUCUCCAGCACUGACAGCGUCCAUCGUGAUUAGUUUCUAAGACUCAAUCAGGGAGGAUUCACGUCUUGAGUUAACCAUUAACACCAAAUACACACACACACACACACACACACACGCACACACACGCGCACGCACACACAUGCACACACAGGUGCCUUGUUUUGGAUCUCUGGCUUGUUUACGUCGCUCACACUCUUUAUCUCUGUAUUGAUUUGUUAGCUGGAGCGUGUGUACAUACGAUGCGAUCGUGUAAAAUACUGCUUGUUUUUUUUUUUUUGGCUAAAACACUAAACUUUAUGCUUCUCGUGGAAGACACUUUUAUAUAUAAUGCUGUUUAUUCUAAACAGUCGAAUUUAACGCCCUAGGCAAGAAGGACUUCUUAUUUUCACACACACACACACACACACACACACACACACACA